GACAGAGGAGGAGAGAGGGGAGGCAGGGCGAUCGAAGAAUAGGCGUUAACGCAUUCAAGCUCUGUCCAGACUUGAGGGUCACCUGUUAGGCGCAAGACAUGAGCCAUCCAAAUGAGAAAGAUGCCUCCGGCACAACCGAAAGUAAACCUAAAUCGCCCAUGCUUUCCUCAUACUGCAUCGAAAGCAUACUCGGCCGAAGAAGUCCCCUCAAAGUCAGACUCACUGGAAUGCAAAGUUUACCAAUGCUGCUGACUGGGAGUGCGGAGCAUAAUGCGCCUUUGGAAGGUAAGACAAUAUGUUCCUCUCAGAAAGAUGCGGACAUGCACCUGCCUACCAAGUUGCGGCGUCUGUAUGGCCCAGGGGGAAAGCUCAUGGACUCCAGACGGGGAAUUCACGAGCAUGAGGAGCAAGAAGACAGGGAGCGUCCUCUAGACAAAGUCUACGAAAAUUUGAAAAUCACUCAGGCGCCACAAGUUAGCAUCAGCCGCAGUAAAUCCUACAGGGAAAAUGCGUCCCACAGUCAGAGCGAGGAAGAUCAGAACCUCGGGCGAGGGACAGAGGAGCACGCGGAACUUGGCGCCGUAAAGUUCGAGGAGGACACUGGCAAGGACCACAUCUGCGAAGAAAUAGAAAUGUCCCCAAAGAACGGAGAGAGUUUGCACAUCAAUGGAGAUGUAAAAGACGGAGAGGACAGCGUCUGCCUCUCAGCUGGCAGUGACUCAGAGGAGGGGAUGCUAAAGCGAAAACAGAGGAGAUACAGGACUACGUUUACCAGUUAUCAGCUUGAGGAGCUGGAGAGAGCUUUCCAAAAGACGCACUACCCCGAUGUGUUCACGAGGGAGGAGUUAGCGAUGCGGUUGGAUCUCACUGAGGCGCGUGUGCAAGUGUGGUUCCAAAACCGCCGAGCUAAGUGGCGGAAGCGGGAGAAAGCUGGGGUUCAGACUCACCCCCCGGGACACCCCUUCUCUGGACCCCUGGGUGCAGCACACCACCUGAGCCACUACCUGGAGGGAAGUCCUUUCUCGCCCCACUCUCACCCCUCCCUGGAGUCUGCCUGGACUGCUGCUGCCACCUCGUUCCAGGGUCUGACCCAGCCCCUCGCCAGCUCUGCCGCCCCCCUGGGAUUUGGCCCCUUCCUGGGAGCAGCCAUGUUUAGACAUCCCACCUUUAUUAGCCCCUCCUUUGGAAGACUCUUCUCUAGCAUGGGUCCUCUGACACUCUUACGCCAGCCCAUACCUGCGGUAGAGACUCCAGUCCAGCCCCCGACGGCAUUGUCAGAGCCUUCCCCCUCCUCGCCUGUGGACCGCCGGGCCUCCAGCAUCGCAGCACUGCGGCUCAAAGCUAAAGAGCACUCAGCUCAGCUGACACAACUUAACAUCCUUCCUUCCAGCAUGACUGGGAAGGAGGUGUGUUGAGAGACAUCAAACUCCCUCCAAUUCCCUCUACAUGGAGCAUGAGUCAUGACCAAAGGACUAGCAGCUUAGAAGUGGUAUAGCACAACAAAACCUUAUCUAAACUCCUCCCAAGUUAGUUGUCCCAAGGUUCUGUUAGUCCACACUCUCCACAACAGUGAAACAUGCUUUCCUCAUGAACUGAAGAAGAGAGAAUAAAAAAAAAUUGGGCUCCCUGCCCUUUGACCCUCAGGAAUGACCCAUUAGCAGCCUCUCACAGGGUGCUACGCAGUGUUUCCCAAUUCCGGUCCUCGAGUACCCCAAAUCUCACAUUUCUGUUGUAGCCCCGGACAAAAACACCUGAUUCAACUUGUCAAGGGCUUGACAAUUAGUUGACAACUAGAAUCAGGUGUACUUGUCCGGGGCCACAACAAAAAAAGAUGUACUGUUGGGCAUCCUCGAGGACCGGAGUUAGAAAAACACUGUGCUACAGGCCACCAAAGGGACAGGCCCUGGAGAGGUUCAGACUGUGUAAGUUUAAAUAUCAUAUAAUGUACAUUUCAUGUAUUGAUAAUAUGGUGUUUGUUGAUAGAUUUUCGCAGUCUUCUUAAAUUAGUUGGUUAUUAAAGUUUGUAUUUAUGAUCAGUCCUGUAUGAGCCAGAAGGAAGUUUUCAGGAGGAAAAUUGUAUUUUAUUUUAAACAUUAUUUCCUGGUUUCAGAUGAAUCAGUUGAAAAGACCUAAGACAAUAAACUGUCAAAUGGAAAACGUUG